AUGGAGCAUAGCACCUGGGCGGCAUCGUACAAGCGACAGCGGAAGCGUACCAGUACAACGUACACAUGUACAAAGAGUGGUAUCGAGUACUUGCAGGUAGGUGCAGUGCCCGAGGUGCCGCCCCAGCUGGCGAUCUUCGCCCCGCGAUCCGACGACGAAUGGCCUGACGACCGACCUCACAUCCCACUCCAAUCCACCCCGUUAGGUCAUAAUACCUCUUCUCGCUUCUCUCGUCUCUCUCGUCUCUCUCGACUCUCUGGUCUUCUCUCGCCUCUCUGGUCUUCUCUCGCCUCGCUGGCCUCUCUGGAUUCUCUCGCCCCUCUGGACUCUCUCGCCUUACUCGCCUCACUCACCUCACUCGUUCUCUCGCUCCUCGCUCUCUCGCUUUCUCCAUCCCCCCCUCUCUCCCCCUCGUCCACUCUGGACCCGAAUUUUCCUUCUCGUUCCUCUGCUGGCUGGAGGGAAUCGCUUUGGCUCCCUUCCUUUGGCCUGUUUCUUGUUUGUCAACAACGCCCUCUGCUGCUUUUUGUCCCCCCCCCGGCCCUGUGCCGGUGUCGUGCCAUCCUGGGCCGCAUCAUUCACCAUCCGUCCCGGGCUUCCGUCCGGGUUGCCUCGCACUCGUUCCCUCGUCAGCGCCAGCAGCACUGGAAAGCCGCUCGACGUCCUGUCUCGGUUAAGCGCCUGUGCGAGAUUCCGCGCCUUCGCCGCAAGUCGAAGCCUCCCACCAUCGAAACAUCAAUCCUGCAACAAGGAAUCGCCUCCUCCGACGCCGAGGUCCAUCCUGCCGGCGCCGCGGGACCGGAACCGUCCGACCGUCCGCAGCCGAGCCCGGCGAAGAAGUCACCGUUUCGAAACCUCAGAAUCCGGCCGACGGCCAAGCGCGCCCGCGGCAUCUCGCCACCCACCCACUCUGCCAGCUCGCCCGUCAUCGCCGCCGUCUUCCAUCAGGACGGCAUCGCGCCCAAUGCCGCCUUGCGAUCCACCAACAGCGCCGUCGCCGAGGCCAAGGCUCAUGCCCAAGGCCAUGCUCACAAGCCCCGACCCGAGAUGCCGUCCUUCCUGGCGCUGUCGACACAAGAGAUCGAUCGCAAGUUCCACGAGAUCACCUGGGCUGAGCGGCUUCGUGUCGCCGAGGCCCAUCGCAACCAGAACAUCGACAAUUACAAGUGGGGGCACUACCAGCAGGGCGACUUUCACCAGCGAGGCUCCAUGGAUCGUUACAGCAACAUCCGGCCCUGGAACCACAACCGUGUCAGGCUCAAGGUUCCGGAGAACGAGUUCGACUACGUCAACGCCUCCACCAUAUCCCUACCCUCUCCGUCCAACGACAAGCUCCCGCCUCUUCGCUACAUCGCUAUGCAGGGUCCCACCAAGCCCUCGUUCGACUACGUGUGGCGCAUGAUAUCCGAGCAGAUGCCCUCCCCGGCCGUCAUUAUCCAGCUCACGACGAUGCUGGAGAACGGUCUCGUCAAGUGCCACCAAUACUUUCCCCACUACAAGGAGGAUUCCACCUGGUCCCUCAACGAGGACGACGUCUGGGCCGACGGAUGGGCCGCCCAGUUGACCUUUGCCUCUCUCGAGGAGGUCGAGGACGGCGCGAUAGAGAUUCGCAAGCUGCUGCUCAAGGUCGACGGAGACGACGAGACCCGCGUCAUUUGGCACUUCCUCUAUCGCCGCUGGCCCGAUUUUGGCGUCCCCAACGUCGAGGACAUGGACAGCUUCUUCUACUUGAUGAAGCUCUCGCGCGAGUUCAGCGCGCCUCUGGGCCCGCGCAUCGUCCACUGCAGCGCCGGCGUCGGCCGCACCGGAACCUUCAUCUGCCUCGAACACCUCAUCCGAGAGCUCGAGGCGGGCACCUACGAAAGAUGCAACAGCAAGCAGCCACCCGACCCCAUCUACGACACGGUCGAGUCCCUCCGUCAGCAGCGCCGCGGCAUGGUCCAGGGAGAUGUCCAGUACCAGUUCCUCUACAGCGUUUUGCGCAGGCUUUGGCGCAAAAAGUACGGCGGCCCACCCGAUGCCGCUGAUGGCGACGGCGACGACGACGCCGCCAGCCGGAGCGGCGAGCCCGCGGCGAAGAGACUCGAGGUUGCGGAUCCCUUCACGGACAAGGGCAACGACCGCAACGAGGCGGAGUCGAACCGCACCGCCGUCGGUUCCUCGAGGUAG